AUGUUAAAGCACACGACGAGCAGUCCUUGCCACCGGCGCUCGCAUGGCGGAAACAACCUCAAACUUCAAUACACACUGCGUGAGUGUUACGACGAAAAUGUAGAACUAUUCGUGAACGAGAGUCUAUACGAAUCCCAGCUAGAGUCGAUAGCGCGAUGGCUGAGCUGCAACGGGGAGGUGUGGGGGAUGGGCCCCACGGCGGUGUUCGCGAGCGCCGCCGCGCUGUUCCUCUACAACGAGCUCGAGGCGAUGGUGUUUGUGGUCGGCGACCAGGGCCAGGUCUCGCUGUUAGAGAGGAGCCUCGUGUGCACUAUGGUGGUCGGGAUGUUGGCGCUGAUGACUCACCUCUGGGUGUGCUCCACGCGCUUCUUUCAGUACUAUCUGGAUACAGUUAUUAAAGACAGCCCAAGUAUGCUACUCGAGCUGACGACGGCGAGUUUGCUGGGCAAAAACGAGCUAGUUCCUCUGGGUCCUCUGACCAGAUUCCUCCGACAACAGCAGCCUCAGAUCCACAUCACGGUGUGCUGGUUCCUCUCGCUCUGCUACGCUGACUACGUGAGGAAGCAUUACUGCCAGAGGUUCAACAUGCCAUAUCUGGAGCAGUGGCAAGUCGAGCUGCAAACGCGCGCGUCCCGCGGCGUGCACAGCACCAUGCAGCGGGUGAACAGUUUCGUAGAAGCGGUGCAUCAUCGGCUGCGGCCGUACAGGCAGGCGCCCUCCACUGACGCGCACACUGGAGCGUGCUCGAUAUGCACAUCGUCGGCGGAGGUGCACUGCGCCACCAGCCACGUCUCCCACGAGUGGGCGGGGGUACGCAACCCACCACCCCCAGUCUGCGCUCGCAUCGUCGCCCAGGCCAGCGACACCACGGCCAUCGCCAUCGAAAAUCUUCGAACAUUCAUACAGGAUACGCGAUGUUCCUGCGCCGGUCCACAGCACGUCAAAGAGUGUGCCUCUUGUCACUCCAAUUCCCAAAAGAAUCUGCAUCAGAAAACAUCCAUGCAUACUGUCCGAAGAUGA